AUGCCGCCCAAGUCGAAGCGGCGUAACUUCUCCAAAGAGGAGGACGUGCUCCUGCUACGUCAAGUAGCUUCUGAAAUGCCUUUCCUUGCUCGCCAUGGCCUCAUCAUGGAUAAGUGGACGGCAGUAGCGCAUGCUCUUGCGUCGUCCGACGAGUUUGGUCGUCCUGACUUUGACGGCAAGAAAGCGAGCAACAGGUUCAGCGCUCUCAUCGAAGCUCAUAAGAAGAAAAAGAACGAGUUUGCGCGUGCGUCAGGUGUCGCAGAGGAUAUGACCGAGAAGGAUGCCCUCAUGGACGACCUCAUCGCCGCGUACGAUGACGCAAAGGAAGAAGCACGACGUGCCAUCGAGUCCAAGCAAGCUUUGGAACAGAACGAAAGCAUGGGAGCGUUUGUUCGUGAAGAGGCCAUGACCUCGUUGGGGAAACGCAAGAAAGGUGACGAUGACAGUGGUGGAACUGCUGGUGGUGGCAAAAUGAUGAAAGCAAUGAUAAUGCUGCACGAGCAGUCCAAUGCCGAGCUCGAUUUUCUACGGGAAAUGUUUCAUCGUGAAAUGGAAGAACGUGAAAAGGACAGAAUGAUACUUGCAGAGCAAAUUCGCCAACAACAUGAAUCAACAUUGAAACAACAGGAAUCGAUGUUGAACUUGAUGAAUUCAUUGAUAAACAAAUUGUAA